AUGAAUUACAACGAUCCAUUGGAACCGGCUAUGAUCAUAACAAAAGUGCUAUCAAAGAGUGAUAUCGUUGGUAAUGUGGUAUUACCGAAAGCAGAAGUGAUGUCUGUCCUCACGAGGAUGAAUGUUAACGACCAAGAUUUGCUAAACGGUGUUGAAGUGCAAGUCGACGACAUAAUGGAAGACGACUUAUACACAGUUACGCUCAAAGUAUCAGGUAUCGAUAAACCUAAAUAUUAUUUCGGUACUGGUUGGAGUACUAUGAAGCAUUCGUUAGAUCUCUCAGAAGGCGAUGUUCUGAAACUCUACUGGAGUCACUUGGACAACAAGUUCGUUGUUUUGAAUUUUCAGUAUUCAGUACUUCCAUUAAUGAUUCCAGUGUAGCUCGCUUGCACCUAUCUUCUUUUCUGUUUUUGACUAUUUAUGUUUUGGAUUUCAUAUCCUAGUUAAGUGCUGGCUUUUUUUGCCCUAUCUUUUUGUUUCUCUUUUGUCAAACUUGAUUGGAUUAUCUUGAAUUUGAAUUUCAAUAAAACGUGGUUCACUUGCCC